AUGAUUGGUAACCAAUUUGUUGUAACGGAACUUGACUCCAUUACUCAUGAAUUGGAGUUGAAGUUGUUUUCACACCUUUCAAGCGCAUCCGGUGAAUAUGAAUAUAGUACUAGAGGUCGAGAACUUGAAAGAGAAAACAACCUUCUUCAACUUGUGAAGCAUGAAGUUGAUACCUGUGUUAAUUCAAUUAAUGAUGGUAAAGAUAAAUAUGUGGUGCGUUAUGACAGGAUUAUCGCCGGUUUGAAGGCUUUACAGAGAGAUGAUUUUACAGUAGAAAGAGCUGCCGCAACACAAGGAGAGAGUCUUAUGAGGAAUGGAAUUACAGACUAUUUAAACGUACUUGUAUAUCAUACUUUGGUUGUAAAAAACCUAGAAAAAUUGCCUGUAUUGUUGGCCGAUCAAUUGUAUUACCAACAGAUGGCUGGUUCCCGUUGGUACAAUAAGUUGAUAUUCGGUCUAUGCGAGGCGCCAAAGAAGGCUGCUAGCUUCAUUAAAGAGAACAAGUGGGAAGAACUACCAGCCGUACUGCAGCGGUUAGUUCAGGUUCGGAAACUCCAAAUUGUUGGAAUUCCGCUGCAGAAGGCAUGGUAUAGUUGGGACUGGUACAGAUUACCUGUAACAGUAGUAGAAGCCGAGAUUGCUCAUAAGUUAAACCUAUUAGAAACUCAAUUGAACCAAGAGGUCGCAAAUUUCGGGCAAUUGGUUCACGAUUUUCCGAGAAAGCAUGGCGAUAGACUACCUACAUUAUCGAAAUUUCUAGGGCUUGAUCCAGAUUCCUCGCAAUUGGAAGUUUUAUGUGAGGUUGAAAAGUGGGACCUGGUUUCCCAGGCCCCCACACCAUCUAGAACAAUACGCUACUGGCCGUCAUUAUUAUUGCUAUUAGUUGGAGGACCUUCAGCAAUUCUCAACAUUUGGAAUUCGAGAUAUGAGAUAGCAAAUUUUCUCAAGAGAAACUUGUUUGACUUUACUAGAAAUUUGAUCACUAAUUGGAUUGUUGAGCCAAUACAAAAGAUCUGGUCUACGGUACGUCAUGACCCAAAUUCUUCAAUUGCUCUAAUGUCUCAGGGCACUCUAGACGCUGAAGUGGGUUCACUGCAGCGUAUGAUUGUGGACUUUGUUCGAGAACACGAGUCUGCUAAUACCAUGGAUACAGAAAGCUUACUAAAAGAAGUAGAAAUCGGUAAUCUCACCAGAUUCUUGGAAAUAUACGAGGCACAAAUUCGGAAACCAGUUCGGAACAUUGUUAAGGGAGAUCUAAUAAGAUCAUUGUUGAUCCAAAUUCAAAAAGGUAAAGUCGAUAGCUCCAUUGCGAUACACGGUAUAGAUCAGUUGUUAAAAUCUCAACAGCUUGUGUUUGGAAUAGUCUCUUUGUCACCAGCAUUACUUUUGUUUGCAGCAAGUUGGGUAUCGCUAGAUAAACUGAUCAGAUACCGCACUAUUUUCUCCAAACAGUCUUAUUAUAGAGAAAGAGUCUCCAUGUCACUAAACAAUGUCGAACGACUGCUGAACUAUUCCUCUAACAUACCAGAAGAAACCGUUUACUAUAAUAUAGGUUUGCUAACACUAGAGAUGGCCAUAGUAAGACAGAUGGGCAGCAAGUUCUUACCACAAGGUAGAAUGACAACAUGGUACCGUGAUAUUGAUGACUUAGUCAAUGCUCGUUCCUUAGAUAGACAAGGAAAACUAAAUGUAAUCAACAGGAUUUACCACAUCUACGGCAGGUAUCUCUGA